UAAUGAACAGAGAGAAUUAAUUCAAGAUUGUACUUCUUGGAGAUCAAGGUAAUUACAUAAAUAACUCUAAAAAGGAGUAGGAAAAACAUCUAUUUCUAAUGUUUAUGUGAAGAAAGAAUUUAAUUCUUAUGAAAAUGCUACAUCAGGUGCCAAUUAUCACUCCCAAACUUGUAAAAUUGAUAAUCAUCAAAUCAACUUUGCUGUAACUCUACAAUAUUAAUGAUAGAUUUGGGAUACGGCUGGAUAGGAGAAAUUUAAAUCUCUGGCAAGAUUAUAUUACAGAGAUUCUAAUGCAGCCCUUUUGGUUUAUGAUGUCACUAACUAUAAAUCUUUCUAAAGAGUAACAGAUUGGAUUAAUGAAUUAAAUGAAAAUAGCGAAACUGCAUGUAUUAUUAUCUAUUAAUUUAAGUAAAAUUUAUAGUUGGCAAUAAAAUAGAUCAAGUAGACAAAGAAGAAGUGAGUUAUGAUGUAGCAAAAUAAUUAGCUGAAGUAAUCAUAUUUCAUCACAUCUACUUUAGAAUUACGGAUGUUUUUUGCGACUAGUUUCUGCUAAGGAAAAGAAUGGCAUUUUUGAAUUAUUUGAAUCAGUUGGUAGAGAGCUAUUAAAAAAUGAAUAAGACAAUUAGAGUCCAAUGACUAAUUAGCCUGCACAGACUACUAAUAAACCAUUGGUUUAAUAAAUGCCAUAAGCUUAACAAUAAGACAAAUGUUGUUGAA